UCCAACCUGCAGAGGUUGCUGAAAACCACUCUCAAGCAGGAAAAUGUUACAAGGUGGAAUUCGUUGUUGAGAAUGUUCAAAAGUGUCAAGAUUAGUUAUGACGACGUCUCAGGAUUGUUGAUGAGUCGGGGCGGAAAUAAAGCGAUAUUGAUUGCACAAAUCAAUCUCGACCUACUAGAGGAGUUGAUACGUUUUCUUGAGCGUUUAGAGGAAGCAACUCUGAAAUUGGAAAGUUAUCUGCAGCCUUCUCUUCACAUCGUAGCUUUCGAGCGAAAUGAAUUGCUCCAACAUUGCGAAAUCCGAACGAAGUCUUCAAAGGAUGUGGACGAGUCAGAAAAAGAAGUUGUCAUUCCACGGGAUUCAGAUAACAUCGCAACAAUCAAGAGGUUGGUGAAGGAUGUGCUGACAGAGAAAUGGCAUGUGGAAGAUCUGCAUGUACUUGCUGCCUUGCUUGAUCCCCGUCAGAAGGACAGGUUGGCGAUAUUCGAGGUCUCCUUUGUGCAAGUUAGAAGAUGCAAGACCCUAUUAAAGACAAUCAUGCAAGAUGUCGCUGAGAACGUUGAUGCUGAUGUGGAAUCGUUGGAAGUGGAGGUUGUGAAAGAACGCCCUUCGAAAAGAAGAAGGACAAGACCGGGGUUGUGCAACUCUGAUGAGGAGGACGAAGGAAUGUCGGGAAGGACUGCAACAGUGACGCUGACCUUAGCCGAAAAGAUUCAAAGAGAGUUCGAUCAUUAUUUCACGUUGAAGUUGACCAAGGAUGAGAAACGAACUUUUGAACUCCUCCUCUGGUGGAAAAUGAAAGGAAUGAUUGUCACAACAUAGGAUAAGCGGGUACUGCUCCCUCCUUUGCCUAUCAUGGCACGGGUUGCUCGCUCAGUUUUAUGU